GAGAUUAAAUUACUUACUGAUAAUGAGUCAUCUUCAUAACAGAUCAAGAAAAUCCCAAGAACACCUUACAGAAUUCCUUCCAUGCUUCUCUUUCACUGUUAUUCUUAUUAUGUAUGCAUAGUAAUAUGUAUUGGAUGGCAUAUAAACUUCUUAUCACCUACCACUGAUAACUCCACCCCUUCUUUCUUAUGAUCCCCACCACCACUUAGAAUUAUCUGAUUUUUUUUUUUUUUCUUUUUUUUUCUAUGUCCUUGUACCAUUUGCAAGAGGCAAAAGAGGACCCCUACAGUCAUUUUUGGAUUUGGGUUUUUGAGAAGGCUCAAAGCUGGUGCCAGAAAGCUCCUUCUCAGCUUAGAUUCAGUCUCACAGUUGCCCCCCCCAGAAAAAUAUUUUUUUUUUCCUAAAAGAAGGACAAGAAAUGUUGAAGGUGUUUCAAAGAUCUGGGCUUUGAAAAGUCUGCCCUUGUGAAAUUUUAUCCCAGAGAGGCACCCAGAAAUCUGAAAGAAAAGAAAAAUGGGUUCUGACCUCAAUGCUGAAUUAUCCAAGAAAACUGCUAUCUUUGGUCUUAAGGUUUGGGAAGUAAUUGGUAUUGCUGUUGCACUAUUUAUUGUAAUUAUUCUCUCUGUGUUGUCUCUAUGCCUCACUUCCCGGAAAAGGUCCCAAAGAGCUAGGGACAGGAAUCCUCAUAGCCAAAUCCCAACUGUUUCAAAAGAAAUUAAAGAAGUUCGAGUUGAGCAAGUUGCUGCAAGUGAGUUUGUUCCACGAGAUGGAAUACUUCUCACCAUUCAUGACAAGUCAAGUGAAAGAGAAUCAGAUAAGGUUCUGCUUCAUGUAGGAGGAAUGGGGAAGUCAAAGAAUGGAGAGAUUAGCAGUCAAUCUGGCUCAUUUAAUCGUUUUGAUAAAGAUUGUGGAGGUUCACAAUCAGGAGAAGAAGGUGGUUCUGGUAACUUUACUGGCUAUAAUAAGCCAUCUUCUUCAUAUCCCAUAACUGCACCAUCUCCAUUGAGUGGCUUGCCUGAAUUUUCCCACUUGGGUUGGGGCCAUUGGUUUACAUUAAGAGAUCUAGAGCUUGCUACUAACCGUUUUUCAAAGGAAAAUAUCCUUGGUGAAGGUGGAUAUGGAGUUGUUUACCGGGGUUAUCUGAUCAAUGGAACUCCAGUAGCAGUUAAAAAGAUCCUAAAUAAUGUGGGCCAAGCUGAGAAAGAAUUCAGAGUUGAAGUUGAAGCUAUUGGUCAUGUGCGCCAUAAGAAUCUGGUUCGUCUUCUUGGAUACUGCGUUGAAGGCAUUCAUAGGAUGCUUGUUUAUGAGUAUGUCAACAAUGGAAAUUUAGAGCAGUGGCUUCAUGGUGCCAUGCGUCAGCAUGGAUAUCUCACUUGGGAAGCCCGCAUAAAGGUCCUUCUUGGCACAGCCAAAGCUCUUGCAUACUUGCACGAAGCUAUUGAGCCGAAGGUUGUUCACCGAGACAUCAAAUCGAGCAAUAUUCUGAUUGAUGACGACUUCAAUGCAAAGGUAUCUGACUUUGGCCUAGCCAAACUGUUAGGAGCUGGGAAAAGUCAUGUAACAACUCGUGUUAUGGGGACUUUCGGAUAUGUUGCUCCAGAGUAUGCGAAUACUGGCCUUUUGAAUGAAAAAAGUGAUGUUUAUAGCUUUGGAGUUGUCCUUUUGGAAGCAAUUACAGGACGAGAUCCUGUCGAUUAUGGACGCCCUACCAAUGAGGUAAAUCUUGUAGAUUGGCUGAAAUUGAUGGUAGGGAGCCGGCGCUCAGAAGAAGUGGUAGACCCAAACAUUGAGGUAAGACCAUCAACAAGAGCCCUAAAGCGAGCACUUUUGACUGCGUUAAGGUGUGUUGAUCCAGAUUCUGAGAAAAGACCGAAGAUGGGCCAAGUUGUUCGAAUGCUCGAGUCUGAGGAAUAUCCUAUAUCAAGAGAGGAUCGAAGGCACCGUAGAGCCCAAGCGGGCAGCAUGGAGAUUGAUUCGCAAAAGGAAUUUUCAGAUACCGAUAGGAGUGAAAAUCCAGGUUCAAGAUCAGGUAGCAGAAGCUACCAAAGGUCAUGAGUUCCAUUACCAACUACAAGUCAUAUGAUGAGUAUCUAUUAUCUGAUGGGCAACACUUAAUUUAAAAUUCUUGAAAUUCUUUCAACUCUUUUAAUUUCUUGGGCUUGUAUUGUAUAUCAAUCUUGAGCCAAUAUAUUUGCCAUUUUGGCAUUGAGGGGCAUGGUUAGGGGACUGGUUGGUUGAUCUUUUUGGCUCUUUUUUUUUGGUUUUGCAUCUUAAUUGUAGAUGGAGAGAGAGAGAGUAUUGUUUGUGUAUUGAAGUGGUGGUUUGUGAAAAUCCCCAUAACAUUUGAGCUAUGUGUACAGAAUUGGUAGCUGGUUAAACCCUCUUAUCUUAUAAAAUUUUCUCUUAUUUUUUUU